AUGAUCUUCAAGCUUGGGGAUGGCGUGCAUCCCAUGAUCAAGCAAACACUGGAGGCGCAGGGCUGGAUCGAGUUUGAUCCAACAAAGCAUGACGAAAACGACUGGAACCUGCACUGGAAAUCAUCCCGUUUCAGCGCACUCGAGUUUCGAGACGUGCAGCCCUGGCAGCGGUUGAACCACUUUCAAGGAUCCAUCGAUAUCACGCGCAAGGACCGGCUGUGUCGCAUGGUGCGCAAGAUGACCCUCCAUCAUGGAAAAACGUACAACUUUGCACCCAUGUCAUUCGUGCUCCCCACGGACCUUGACAAGUUUCGCCAGGACCGUCGGACUCGUCGCGGGGACGGGGGCAUCUUCCUGCUGCGGCGGCUGGAGGAUCUUGAUUUCUCGUGCUCGACCGUCAUCCAAGAAUACAUAGAGCGCCCGCUCACCAUCAACGGCUUCAAGAUGGACAUGCGGUUGUAUGUGCUUGUGACGUCUUUCCAACCGCUCGUCGUCUACGCCUACCGAGAUGGGAUUGCGCGGUUUGGCACCAGCGAGUACAAUCUGUCGGACCUGAGCGAUCUCUACUGCCACCUGACCAACACUUCCAUCAACAAGCACAACCCAAAGACAAAGCAGCAGAAAACAACCACCACCACAACGACAACCACAACAUCAACAACGACACCAUCAUCAACACCAUCGUCGUCGUCCCAUGCGGCUGGCGCAGGCUGCAAGUGGACCAUCGGGCAGCUUCGGCAGUACUUUCGUGACAACAACAUCGACGACAAACGCAUUUGGAGGCGCGUCUCCAACAUCUUCAUCUACACGCUGCUCUGUCUCACCGGGGUGAGUGUGAAGCAGCAGUCGUCGUGCUUUGAGCUGUACGGGUUUGACGUGCUGCUUGAUGAGCGGCUGAAGCCCUGGCUGAUUGAGGUCAACUUCUCCCCGGCGCUCGGCCUCGACUGCCAACAGGACCGCGACGUCAAGAUCCCGCUCAUCCAGGACAUUGUGCGUGCGUUGAACUACGAGGCGACGGGGACGCGCCCAACACGCCGCCGCACCAGCCGCCACCCGUCCAGCAGCAAGAAGAAGAAGCAGCAGCAGCAGCACAGCGUACCCGUGGACGAUCUGUAUCCGUACGAGAUUGGGAACUUUGUUCGCAUCUUCCCUUUCAACAAGACGACGCUCCAGGAAUCAGGCAAGCAGCGCCCAAACGUCAAGGCGAUGGUCUCGGAGCUGAAGCGCGUGAACAAGAUGGCGCGGGAGGAGGAGCAGCAGCGAACACGUGACAAUGACGGUGGUGGCGACAAUGGUGGUGAUGGCAACGAAAGGGUGGUGCAGACGCCACAUUCAACCACAGCAGCGACCACAGCAGCAGAGCAGGAUGUGGUGGCAUCAACUCGCACGGCUACCACCAGCGUGCAGGACAAAGGAAAGAAACACUUGACAAGAGACAACACAAGAGGUAUGGCACAGCAUCAACAUCAACGACAACAGCGAUACAACACAGCGCUGGACAUUUAG